AUGUCGAACUUGCCCUCCGAGCCCGAGUUUGAGCAGGCCUACAAAGAGCUUGCGUCAACUCUAGAGAACUCAACCCUCUUCCAACAACACCCGGAAUACCGCAAGGCGCUCAAGAUUGCCUCUAUCCCGGAGCGUGUAAUUCAGUUCCGCGUUGUCUGGGAAGAUGACAAGGGCGAGCUCCAAGUCAACCGCGGCUACCGUGUCCAGUUCAACUCUGCCCUAGGUCCCUACAAGGGCGGCCUCCGUUUCCAUCCCAGUGUGAACCUGUCAAUUCUGAAAUUCCUGGGUUUUGAGCAGAUAUUCAAGAAUGCUCUUACUGGGCUGAAUAUGGGUGGCGGCAAAGGAGGCGCCGACUUUGAUCCCAAAGGAAAAUCAGAUAAUGAAAUCCGCAAGUUCUGUGUUGGCUUUAUGACUGAACUAUCCCGCCACAUUGGCGCUGAUACCGAUGUGCCAGCGGGCGACAUUGGAGUCUCUCCACGUGAGAUUGGGUUCAUGUUUGGACAAUACAAGAAGAUCCGCAAUCAAUGGGAGGGCGUGCUCACGGGCAAAGGCUUGUCCUGGGGAGGCAGUCUGAUUCGACCUGAAGCAACUGGAUUCGGGCUUGUUUACUACGUCCAACACAUGAUUCAACAUGCCAGCAAAGGCAGCGAGACAUUCGCCGGCAAACGUGUCGUGAUCUCCGGCUCCGGCAAUGUAGCUCAAUACGCAGCACUCAAAGUCAUCGAACUAGGUGGCACUGUAGUCUCGCUCUCCGACAGCCAGGGAUCACUCAUCACCGAGUCUCCCGAGGGAUUCACCCCGGCCGAAAUCGAGAGUAUUGCAGCCCUCAAAGUCGCUCGCAAACAACUCAGCUCCAUUUUUUCUGCAGAUGCCGACGCGCACAACAACACACUUUUCAGCCAGAGUAAAUUCAAAUACAUCCCCAACGUCCGUCCAUGGCUGCACGUCGGCAAAGUCGAUGUCGCUUUGCCAUGUGCCACGCAGAACGAAAUCUCCAGCGAAGAAGCGCAGGGCCUCAUUGACGCGGGCGUCAAGUAUGUAGCCGAGGGUUCAAACAUGGGAUCUACUCAGGGGGCCAUCGAUAUAUUCGAAGCCCAUCGCGAGAGUAACAAGAAUAAUAGUAUAUGGUACGCCCCCGGCAAAGCAGCCAAUCUCGGCGGUGUGGCCGUGUCCGGAUUGGAAAUGGCUCAGAACUCGGCGCGACUCAACUGGACGCGCGAGGAAGUCGAUCGCAAGUUGCAGGAUAUUAUGAAGUCGUCGUUUGAGAAUGGUUUGGAGACUGCCAAGAGGUUUGUCUCUGAAGGAGAGGAGGUGCUGCCGUCGCUUGUGGCCGGAAGUAAUAUUGCUGGGUUUAUGAAGGUAGCGGCUGCUAUGAAGGAUCAGGGAGAUUGGUGGUGA